ACAUCGAGAAAUUCAGUCGGAGUCGCCUCACCGUGCCAACAGCAGCAGCAUUUUUUCGUCUUCAAGUCUCCUCCGAGAUUCCUCAACUUGAAAUUUUAAUCUCAACUUCCUGGUUAACUUGUGCAUCGUGGUUAUCGUCAGUCAGCGGAGCGAUAAGGAAGGAAGGAGAGGUGAUCAGACAAUCUUAUGAUUAGUCUUAUUUAGGAAUCGAAGGAGAGAGUGAAGAUUGGAGAACGAUGAAUCCAACUCAGGCAGAUGAGGUGAAGAGUAAAAUGUCGUGGGCGGAUCGAAUUCUAAAUCAAGAUGAAAGUGAUAGUGCAUCAAGCUCCGAUUAUCAGAGCUCAAAGGGUGACGAGUAUGAUGAUGAGGUCCAGCAUUGGGAAGACCUUGAGGAAGAUUUUUCGAAUAUUCCACUGUGUCUUUUUUGCCAAGAACACAUAAAUGUGUCAGAUAUUUAUACUCAUUUGAAGGAUGAUCACAAUUUGGAUCUUCUUGAACUGCAAAAGAAGUAUAAAAUGGACCAAGAGUCCUUUAUAAAGAUGGUGAAUUGGGUUCGCCAUCUUGGGAAAUCAAUUUCGUUGGAUAAAUUGUUUGAUGAGACUGAUCAGGACUUGAAGCUCGUGGUCAUGAGAAAUGUGCUCUUUGACUAUAGCACUGGUAAACCGUCCGGUGUUAAACCACCAUGGGAUGAUGAUAAGUGGUUGGAACCAUCCAUGGAAAAUGAUAUGUUUCUCACCUACUGGCUUGAUUUCGAUGACAAAGAAGAUGAUCCAAGCCUGUUUGAAAAUUCGGCAUCUGUUGCAACAGAAGCACCCCAAGUCAGUCCGGUAGUAAUGGAUUUGCUUGUAAAAGACGAGUCCGACGGGGCGUUAGGAUCCGAUUUAAGAAGAAGCUUUCGAAUUAAAACAACGACACCAGAAAUUGAACAAGCGGAGGCUUGUGCAAAGGAUGUCCGAGACUUGGAGGCCAAACUCCAAACAUUGCAAAUUAAAAACCAGAAAAUGAAGGAAGUAAUGUCCCGUAUUGCUGGAGACGGAAAUAGCAAAGAAGACAAAUCUCCUGUUACAAUGCGGCCUUGCGAUGACAAUGGUGAUGGUAAACCUUCAUCGCAUGACGAAGAGUAUUUUGAAUCCUACGAUGGAAUUGAUAUACAUGCUGAGAUGUUAAAAGAUCAUCCCAGGACAUUGGCGUACAAAAGAGCAAUACUAAAUAACAAGAAAGACUUUUUCGGAAAGCGCGUCUUGGAUUUAGGAUGCGGUACGGGUAUAUUGUCAAUGUUCUGCGUUGAUGCCGGUGCUGAACGUGUCUGUGCGGUGGAUAUAUCAAAGAUAAUCUUUGAUGCAAUGGAUAUCUGCUAUGAAAAUAAUAAGGAAGAACACAUUACAUUCUUCCAUAAAAAAUUGGAAGACAUUGGGGAAGACGAAAUUGCAAAAGUCGAUAUCCUUAUCAGUGAAUUUAUGGGAUAUUUCCUUCUAUUCGAAGGUAUGCUGAGUAGCUAUACUCAGGCACGCGACAAAUUUCUGAAACCUGAGGGUAGCAUGUAUCCCAACUGCGCCGAUAUGUAUAUAGUGGCUGUGAGCGACGAAGAUGAUUACCAAAAUAACAUCGGAACAUGGAAUAAUAUGCAUGGCUAUAAGAUGUCCGUUUUGAAACGAAAAGCGCUUCUUGAAGCAUGCGUUAAAUCAAUGGAGCCAUGUGCAAUCGCAUCGGAGGAAGUGCCGAUUAAAAAACUAGAUCUGCAUACUUGUAAAAAUCGAGAUCUCAUUAUUGAUGACACGUUCCAGUUGAAAAUCACUCGUACCUGUUCCUUGACUGCCAUUUGCGGGUAUUUCUCUGUGGGUUUCAACGACGGGAAACAAUACAAAGAAGUGCUAAGUACUUCUCCUAACGCUCCAUUGACACAUUGGAAGCAAACAGUAUUUUAUCUUCCGGAAAGAAUGAAUGUAUCAGAAGGAGAUGUUGUGCCAAUCGAGUUCAGAUGCACCCCACACCCUGAGUGUGAUCGUUGGUUGAAGGUCGUGAUGAAGAUCGGCCGCUACUCUUGCACGUUCGAGAUGAAAUAAGCAGCUUACCACAAUGCAGAAUUUAUUUAUGCACUAAAAUUUGUUACUCUAUCUGUAAUAUAUAUAUAUUACUUCAUAUUACGAUGUUAUCCUGAGGUUUUGUUACAAAAUUAUUAGUGUUUUUACAUUAAAACUUGGUACUACACACAAAUUUAUAGUAAAUGGCGUGAGUUUUUUAUAUAAACUAUAAAGAAGUAUUGAAAUAAUAAAAGAUUUGAACUGUGAUAACACA